GGCCGGGGGAGGGGCGGGAGGAAGGGGUGCGGACGCGGUCGCAGACCCAGCGGACGCGGAGCACCGGCGGCCGGGCGCACUCCCUCUCGCGGUUCUCCCGCACCCCGGGUCCCCGCGGCCCCGCUUCAGUUUAGUGUGAUCUCAAUUCAAGCAAAAGUGGGAUAUCAUGGCCUCUAUCUGGGUUGGACACCGAGGGACAAUGCAAGAUUAUCCGGGCUUCAGCCCAUCAGUGGAUGCUGAAGCGAUUCGCAAGGCAAUCAGAGGAAUUGGAACCGAUGAGGAAACCCUCAUCAGCAUUCUGACUGAAAGGACAAAUGCACAGCGGCAGCUGAUUGUUCAGGCGUAUCAAGCAGCAUAUGGAAAGGAACUGAAAGAUGACUUGAAGGGUGAUCUCUCUGGCCACUUUAAGGAACUCAUGGUGGCCCUUGUGACUCCUCCAGCCAUGUUUGAUGCGAAGCAGCUGAAGAAAUCCAUGAAGGGUGUCGGAACAAGCGAACAUGCAUUGAUUGAAAUCCUCACCACCAGAACAAGCAGGCAGAUGAAGGAGAUCUCCCAAGCCUACUAUACAGUAUAUAAGAAGAGUCUUGGAGAUGACAUUAGUUCGGAAACAUCUGGAGAUUUCCGGAAAGCUCUAUUGACUUUGGCAGAUGGCAGAAGAGAUGAAAGUCUAAACGUGGAUGAGCAGCUGGCCAAAAAGGAUGCCCAGAUUCUCUAUAAUGCUGGGGAGAACAGAUGGGGUACAGAUGAAGAUAAAUUCACCGAGAUCCUGUGUUUAAGGAGUUUUCCUCAACUGAAACUGACAUUUGAUGAAUAUAGAAAUAUUAGCCAGAAGGACAUUGAGGACAGCAUAAAAGGAGAAUUAUCUGGGCAUUUUGAAGACUUACUGCUGGCCAUAGUCCGUUGUGCCAGAAGCAUGCCUGCCUUUUUAGCUGAAAGACUGCAUCAAGCUUUAAAGGGUGUUGGAACUGAUGAGUUUACUCUGAACCGAAUAAUGGUUUCCAGAUCGGAAAUUGACCUUUUGGACAUUCGAGCAGAGUUUAAGAAGCAUUAUGGGUAUUCCCUAUAUUCAGCAAUUAAAUCAGAUACUUCUGGAAACUAUGAAACCACGCUCUUGAAGAUCUGUGGAAGAGAUGACUGAGUGAAGAACGCAAUCUCCGAAGGCCGCUGCUCCCACAACGGGCCUUUCCAACAGCUCUUACUCCUUUCUCAGAGUUUUGAAAACCCCAAGCAAGCGUAAACAGCAACCUGUUUUCCUAACACACACUUCCAUCGUUCCAUAAUAACGACAAAAAGUGAUUCUAGCAGAGCAUCUCAGCAUCAUGUAGGAAUUCAUAAAUGAAAUUUUUAAGUGGUAUUAAGGAUCUACUAAUACAAGAUAAAUUAUAUUUCAGCUUAGGAAGUGAGAACCUUUGCAGAAUUCUAACACAUUGAAUGUGUAAGCAGCAUUAAUAAAAGCUGUUGCCUUUGUUAAAGGUAAUUUGUCUGUUUUUUAGCCCAUACCAACAUUGUCUUGCUGGUCGCUAACAAUUAAUGAUAUUUUAAAACGCAUUUUUGUUAUAAAAGCUAUUGCUGCUUUACUUUAUGUAUUACCUUAUUAAUCGCAUUUAUCUUUAAGAAAGGAAUAAAAUGAAUGUAAUCCUG